AUGGAUGUCGAAUCUAGCGGAAACUCCAAAGAAAAUACUCAUGAAAGAACAAAAAUCUCGAAAAAGCGUGCAAACCAAGAACGUUCGAUCAUUUCAGCCUCAAGGAAACCAAAGGACUUACAAAAACAGACUUCGAUUCUUUUUGGCAGUUCCAAUUAUUCUUUACAAAAUGACGAUGAUGUCGAAUCUAGCAGAAACUCCAAAGAAAAUACUCCUGAAAGAACAAAAAUCUCGAAAAAGCCUGCAAACCAAGAACGUUCGAUCAUUUCAGCCUCAAGGAAACCAAAGGAGUUACAAAAACAGACUUCGAUUCUUUUUGGCAGUUCCAAUUAUUCUUUACAAAAUGACGAUGGAUUUCAAAAUUGUUUAAAAAAUAUGGAGAAUAGAAUGGUUACUAUAAUAAGAAAAGAGAUCAAAAACGCCAAGAACAGCAUUUUGUACGACUUGAAGAAAAGAAUGGAUUCUUUAUCAACGUCAUUAUUGGAGAAUGGCAUUGAAACGACCGUAGGAAAAAUUAAGGAGGAGAAGAAAAAGUUGGAUAUUCAACUGCCUAUUUGUGAUUUGGAAACAUUCAAGACGUUUGAUGAAGCUGUAAAAAAUGAUCUUGUAAAAAAUAGCGCUUUUAAAUCCUUGAUCAAGUGCUUGCUUCAAGGAUCCACAUCCGUGUCAGAAGGUAUCCGAAAUUGCCUGCCUUUUUUUAUGGGAAAAGAAGUCCAACUUCAAUAUACUGCAACUGGACGCAAAGUAAAGGGCGUCGGGAAAGACAAUUUCGGUGACACAUACACCUACCAAUGUAUGGCAGCUUGUUUACUAUUUAAUUUUAAAGUUUAG